AUUUGUAUCAUACGCAUCCUAUUAGCUCGGCAUUAUGGGGUUUUAUCCUCCCCGAAUGGCACAAGACUUGAUGAAAGGGUAGAGGAUUACAUUGGUGGACAUGAUUUCAAUUUGCGUGGUUCUUGUUGCUUUCACCGGCCACAAUUUAUCAAUUUUUGCCUUUCGGUGUAAAAUAACAACAUGUUCGUAAUAGCUGUACAUACAGCACACUCUGUUGAGAUAAGAUGGCGGCUAAAGCCCUCAUCUUGACAACAAUGACUGUGUUUUAUCUCGUGACAAAAACGACAACUAUUUCCUGAAGUGCUAUGUACGCACAAUAUGUGGAUCACAUUUCCAUUUUUCUCUUGUAUAACAUCAAAUGUUGCAUCCACAAAUCUUCCACCAGAAACAAAUCAAAGAAACAUGUCGAUGCAGAACUCCUAAUCGCGAUUCAACGUAUCCAUUGGUCAGCGACCGUUUCCGUUCAUUCCUCCUCCGUCAUCGUAGGAACUGGAAGGCCAUCAAAACGAUUGAUACGCCACGAUGGAAAACCCAUCGAAAUGAUAUAAUGCGACGAUUCAAUAAGUACCGUUUGCGGCGCCAGCAGAUUUGUUGGCAAAUUGAAUUCUAAAAUUCCUUCUCUCCCGCUUGGCUUAGCGAGAGCCGACCUCAGUAGCGGUUUUAAUAGCGGAGGUUCCCGCGAGCAUUAUAAGGUGGAAGCCUGGAGGCCAAAAAAAAAAAGGUUUUAUGGGCUGCUUUGUUAGGCAGCAGCAGGCUUCUUUUCGAGGGUUCCUUAUUGUCAUUUCAAAAUGUUUUUUUUUAUUACACACAAAACUGGCGACAUCUGGUCUUGGCAAACGUGUCACGGCCUGCAAGCAAUAACGGGGCUGGGAUUAGUGCGCUCACCACUCACAAACGUCAAGCGUACUGAAGCUGAAUUUGACAAACACUGCCAGCAGCGUCACGAUAACGCUCUCAGACGUAUUGCACUGUCUGAAACUAAAAACAUUGGCUCCUUUUGUAGCAGGGAAACUGAUGGAUUUGCAGCUUCGCCUUGUCUUCCAUUGUCACUUCCUGUAAAUGUCAUGGCCAAGUAUCCUAAAACUUGAUGAAUGACCUAAAAAAACCCGUUCCAGUCAGUCCACGUGAAAGCCAUUAGGGAACCUUCAUUGGAAAUCAAUGGCUUUUUUUUUUUUUUUUUUUGCUCUGGAUCUUCGCUAAUGCUCGUUGAGCAUUUGAGAUAUUACGGGAUGGACGCUAGCUGUGUGUGUCACUGCGGGCUGGCUGGGGUUUCCAUCAAUGUUUUGGCAUCAGCACAUGCAGAUGAGCUUGUCGUUUGCUCCCACGUAGGCCAACAGUUCAAUUGCGGGGGAUUUAAGUGAUUAUUUUUUGAUCAGAACAUCAUGUUUUGGCGCCAUGUGAACUGCUCACUUUCCAUAUGCUCGAAAAACACAAUCCUUCACAUACAGUUGAAACGACCGUAACAACGGUACCGUUUUGGCAACUCGUCCGCGCUUUCAGUAAAUGAAACAUUUUUUUCUAAUGGGUCCCAAAGUGAACUGAAAAUGUGAAAAUCGUUACUGACUUUUUCUGCGUAAACAGGAAGGAAAAAAAUUAAUAAAUCCAGUUUUACCCUGACUUGUGAGUAGGCAUGCGCCAAGAUCAAAUUCUUGCGGUCUGAUAACAGCGAGCAAAAAUAUCACGCUUUCAUGGGAUCACAUGAUUUCAACUGAUCUGAGGCAAGGUAGCUCUUUUCAUACACGAGGUAACUCAAUGUGCUUCGCAGAGUUACCAAACAACAUUUAAAGGCAAACAAACUGAAAGCCUUGAAAAAAAAUAGGGAAAGAUUUAAGACAUUUAAAAGCAAACUCCUCCUUUAGUGACAUCAUUGUUUUCAGAUCGCUUUGGAUUAACAUCAAUGAAUCCAUUAUAUCUUUUAUUUAUUAGAUUUUUUUUUUCCCUUAGGUUGUUAUGUGUACAUAUAGGCGAGGAAAAGCGCGUGCUUACCAGACUUUCCCUGGCACUGAACUUCAGUGCAACAAAUAAUAGUGUGCAAAUUCCCAUUAGGCAAGUCUGAUGUGGUUAAAUGGCGACAGUAGCUCUGAGGCUUUAAAGAUGAGAGACGCUCGGCUCUGAUAGAUGCGCAAAUACGGCAGCAAACGAGAGGCGGGGUGGGUGGGGGGGAUUUUUUUUUCUUUUGUUUUUUUGCGCAAAGCAGUUUCCUGCAGUGGGGAAGUUGGCGUGUUGCCCCUCGUGUGUGACUGGAGGAGGAGGGGAAGGAGGAGUAUCGGGAGGGCGACGGCACGAGCAGAGCGUAAGUGUCGGUGUCUCGGCUGCAUGCGUGAGGAGCGAGCGGCGAGAGCCGGGGAGGAGGAAGGCGUUUUGUUUCUGGUGGAAUUAAGUCAAGAGGAAUGUUCUGCUUGAGGGCCGUGUCUAAUCUGGACGAGGAGAGCAAGUGGACGGUUCACUACACGGCGCCGUGGCACCAACAGGAGAACGUCUUCCUGCCGGGCAGCAGGCCGCCCUGCGUGGAGGACCUCCACCGCCAGGCCAAAGUCAACCUGAAGAGCGCCCUGCGAGAAUGUGACAAGUUGAGGAAAGAUGGCUUCCGCAGCUCGCAGUACUACUCGCAGGGGCCCACUUUCUCCGACACGCCGCAGUCGGGCAGCAGCCUGCACGAGGACGACGACGACGACGAAAAGAAGGUGAAUUCGCUGGCGUCGUCGGCAGAGGACGAACAGUCGCAGCUAUCCGCGAGGCCGCAGACGCCCAGCGACAAGGCCGACCUCUCGGAGGUCGAUUCGACCAAAGCCCCCACACUGCCCACCCCGGAAGAGAGAAUGAGGCAGACGGCGCAGGCUGUGCCCACCGACAUUGUCGCCAUCAACGUCACAGGCGCCGUGUUUGACCGGCAGGCGAGUGUCCGGCGCUCCCUGGUUAGCACCGACACGGUGUCCCGCCGGCCCAAGAAGGUCAAACGCAGAAAGACCAUAUCGGGGCUGCCCGACAACGUCGACCUGGAGCUAGCUGCGAAAGGACACGGCGGAGAGCUACGACCGCAUUCCAUGUUCAUCCCGGGACAGUACUCCACACUUGGCCGCGUGGGGAGCGUCAACUCGGCGCUCCGGCGCUCCCGCACCCGAGAUUCCAGCUGCCAGACCGAGGAAGUGAAAGUCGUCCCGCCAUCCAUGAGGAGAAUCCGCGCUCAGAGAGGACAGGGAAUCGCGGCCCAGAUGGCCGGCAUUUCUACCUCCUCCUCCACCGGCAGCAUAUCCGCCUGCAGCAGCGACAGCUGCGGCAUCCUGAUGCCGCCCUGCCAGCGGAACGGCGAGCGGUCACGAUUCAACAGCCUCCCCCGCCAAGGCGCCAGGGUGUCCCUCAGCGCCGACCCCAUUUACAGCAGCACCCCCAUCAAGGCGGAAGAUGACGGCGCUCCGCGCGGGCAGAUCGGAAAGCUCCGGGCGGACGACACGGCGGUGCACAUGAGGAACACCCCGAGGACGUCCGCCCUGCCCAGACCGAGGUCCCAAGAGGUGAGGCGGACGCAGUCCGGCGAGUCGGCCAGGAGUCCGGCCCGCGUGGUGUCGCCGCACGCAGCCUAUUCCACGUCGCUCGUCCCCAACGCCACGCUGUCCAAUUGGUCCGAAGUGGUCCCUCUCCCCGCCUCGGGGCAGCAUUCCCACCCGCAGGCCCGCGCCUACCCGACGGCUCGGCCUCUUAGCCCGGACCCCCUCGCCCCCGCUUUCGCCCGCAGCACCACCUGUCCGGCGUUGGCCACUCACGAGUCGGAGCGCUCGGACAUCAGCGCGCACAGAACGGACGACGGGUGGAUCUACGACACGCCGGAAAACGCGCCGGCCCCGCGCCAGACGCCGACCUCCAGCUCCUCCGCUGCCAUCAACCAGCUGUUCGCCAGCCCGGAGGCGUCCUCCCGGACAACCACCGAUUCCAGCUCGCUCUACUCUCAAGACAACGACGGCUAUUACACCUCCAUGCACCUGGACUCGGGUCUGCGCUCACGCGGCCGCGGCGACGGGUUGCCGGCCGGCCGGGCGACCCGACACAGCAUGUACGAGUGCCGCGAGAUGGCCGGUCAGGACGAGUACGGGAGCUUGUACCGGGAUCGCUCGCUGUCUCGCAGCAUUUCCCUGCGAAAAUCGACAAAGCCCCCGCCGCCCCCGACUCGCACCGACUCCCUGAGAAGGAAAGCGGAUCCCAAGAAGCCCGCCGGCGGCGCGCUCGACGAGAGUCUGAUCGCCACCCUGCAGCAGAGUCUCCAGCUGGGGCUGCGGUGCGGCAAAGGCGAGGGCGCCUCCCCGCGGUCGCCCUCGCACAGUCCCAGCAGCGACUACGACGACCCCUGGGUGCCGCGGCCGCGGAGUCAAAGCAGCGUUAGCGCCGGCAGCUCGGCGGCGUCGCUCGGCGCCAACGGCGUGUCCAACGCCUACUCGCUUUGCCACGUGACCCCCACCCACAGCGAUACCAGCAGCUUACGAUCCGACUACGCCGACUCUUGGGGUUAUUACAUGGAGUACCCCGGCAACCACGCCGACCGGGGCGCGCAGACCCCGCCGGCUCUCACCGCCGACGGCGCCUCGAUUGGAUCCCGGCCGGGGGAGGAGGAGAACGGAAGCGACGGGCGCGGUCCGACUCCGCUUCAGGAAGAAAGGCUGGCGGCCAAAGCCCAAACGUCCUCCCCGGAACGAGUGCACAGACUGACUUCACCUUCCAGCGGCUACUCCAGCCAGUCCAACACCCCCACUGCCGGAACGCCGGUCCCCUCUGGCGUCAGGUCCACGUCCCCGUCGGGCGGCCGCCCCAGGCCCAAAGUCCCCGAGAGAAAAUCCUCUCUGCCCUCCUCAGUUUCCAUCUCGUCUUCCUCCACCUCCCUCUCCUCCAACACGUCGGACUCUCUCAAGAGCUCCGGGCCUCCCGCCCCGCCGCCCCUACCUCUGACCUCCCGCUCAGCUCCAAGCACCCCCUUCAGCCCGCCGCCACCAUUUCCUCCCUCCCCGGCCCCGAGUUGCUCCACGUCCCCGGAUUUUCCGCCGCCGCCCUCGCCGGAAACGCUGUUCCGCCCCAACGUGUCCCUCGACGGGCGCUUUAGUCCUCCGCCGCCACCUCCGCCUCCCGCGUACCUCGCGCCGCCUCGGCGACCUCCCCCGCCGCCCGCUUCCGCCUCGUCUCCCGUGGCGGCGGCGGCGCCGAAAGCCGUGCUUCCCCACGGUCCCGCAAAGUCGCCCGCGCCCCUCAUCACGCCGUUUGCCCUGCAGAGCGUUCACCUGCGCUCGGUGCGACGGAAAGAGGAGACCGAGAGCUACCGGGAAUCGGAGGGGUCGGUGUCGAAGCUCCCGGACGAGCGCGGGAUCGAAUGCGAUACGCCUGACGGUCCCGUCGGCGGCGGGAAAGCCGAGGAGCAGAGCCGCGACCGGAUCGGAGAAGGGCAGAAAGCGGUGCCGAGCGACCGCUGCUCCCCCGUCAAACAGAAGCCCCCCAUUGUCGCCAAGAAACCCAAAUUCUGUUUUGUCCCGCCGCUGAGCUGCCAGGAAGCCAUCCCGUCUCCGUGCGAAGACGAAACCUCGCAAUCACGCAAGCAAGAGACAACGGAGACGGAGACGCGAGAGCAGGACGAACAAAGUUCCGCAGAAAUCCGGGAUGACCGUCUUAUCUCCGGCGACUUGGACCGGGAACCCUUCCGGAACGGAGACGCCCGCACCGACGAGGACGAGGACGGCGGCGCGAGCAGUCCGGUGGACUCCGUCAGCUCCAAGGAGGACGACGCAGGCGACGUGUUUGACUCCAACACGGACGAGAGGUCGCCCUCGCCGUCGCUCAACGGGACCCCAGAGACGGGGAGCAUGGUCACCCCCACCCCCACGCGGACCACCGAGGACCUCUUUGCCGUCAUCCACAGGUCCAAGCGAAAGGUCCUGGGUCGCAAAGAGUCCGAAGAGGACAAGCCCCGGUCGGGGAGCCACUCGCAGUCGCCCCCCAUGACGCCCCCCGGCGCGACGGCGGCGUCUCCGUCGUCUCGCCAGUCGGGCUCCAUCCAGCGCCACCUGCGCAAGUCCUCCACCAGCAGCGACACCUUCAAGGCCCUUCUCCUGAAGAAGGGGAGCCGAUCGGAGAGCAGCUUCCGCAUGUCUGCCGCUGAGGUGCUGCGCUCCACGGACCCCCGCUCGCAGCGCACGCGCUCCGAGUCCGCCAUCCCGGACUCCCCGCUGCCAUCGUCGUCCUCCUCGCCCCCCCAUAGCCCCCGCGCCUCGCCGGGCCGAGGAAAACGGGCAGCGGAGGAGUGGAGCCGCUACGAGGCGCUCGCCCUGUCGCCGCCCGCGUCCUCCGCCUUCAAGUACGGGCGCUCGCGUACGCCCCCUUCGGCCGCCAGCAGUAAGUACAACGCCCGAUGUCGGAUCCUCAGCAGCCCCAUGACCGUCAUCUGCGAGCGAGACGGCGAGUACGCCGAUGCCAACGGCACUUUAUCAGACGACAGCGGGAGUUAGGGACUCUCGCCGCACUAGAACCAAACGUGGCCUGAGGUUUUUGGGGGCUUCAUUUUGGUUAUUCCGUUAAUGUUUUUUUGGGGGGGGGGUCGUGUAAUUUACUUUAUUCUGUUAAAAUUAGGAUGUGUUUGGAAAGUCACUGCAUACUUAGCAAUAGACAUCCUUCAGUCAACUCCAGGGAACAAUUCAGUCAUACACGUUGAGGUUUUUCUUGGUGCAGCAAUCGUUCAUGAACCGUUGCAUGAUCGUUUUGUUUUGAAUAUUGAAUUUCAUAUUCGGAUACACUGCGGCGGGGGCGUAACAAACGACUCACAGAAACCAGACUCCAGCUCCUGAUGUCACGCAUUAGGCCACGCCCCCUAAAGGCAACCAUUAAGCACAAAUCCUAAAAUAUGUACACAAAUGACACUUUUUUGGGGGGUGUUUGAUAUACGGUGCUAUUUUCUUUGUUGAAAACAUGACACAGAUGAAAAACUCUCGAGUCAAGAUUCCACUGCGAUUACUCCGUCUAAUGCUCUCGCUUGCGACAAAGGAAAGCCAGUCGCCGAUGCACUUUUCAGCCCUUCAUAAAAGGUCAGCAAAUCACGCGCCACCCCACCAAGCCCCGCUUCUUAAAGGCACAUGCACGUACACAGACACCACACAUUUGUUUUUUAAAUACAUUUUAUGCUUGUACUUAUUUUUGUUCAAACUUGUUUACAAAGAUGAUAGAAAGGGGUCAAACUCUAUUUUUUUAAAUAUAUUGUUGCAGAGGGUCUGGAACUGACAGUGUCCCUGCCCUGUAUCCUAUUUUGAAAUUUGUCUGUCGGGUAAGAAAGUUGACAGUGACUUUCCAAACGCGCUGUCCACUCAGUCGUCUCCGUUCCAGUAGGCUCAUAAAUCUGUUCAAUUGUAGAUUUUGCACUGUGCAUAGUUUUCCUGUUGUCUUCGUUUGCCGUGCGUUUGUUGAAAAUAAUGUUUAUUCAAAACAAGCUCAUUGAUGUUUUCCAACCUGAACUUCUCGUGGUCGACGUGGUUACCAAAGAGCCAAACUUCUCUCAGACGGAAGCCACAUGAAUUGUCGUUGACCCUUUCAGAGCUUGUCCCGAUACUUUUAUAUUGUUGAGUAUGUAAAUAAAUAGAAAACGAAUGUUUUAAGUCA